AGUCCUACAUUGUUACCGGAGAGUAAACACAUCAUGUCGUUUCUCCCUCCCUUCUCUCUCCCUGUCUCAGUGUGCUGUUCUCCCAUCUCUCUCUCCUCUCUUCCCCCGAGCGCGGCACUUGAUUUGUGGUCACCGACAGGGGAUUAAUGGCGGAAUUGGUUCCUAUUGAGGUAAGGAAGAUCACCUGAGGUGACGCGAUUUCUUGAGCUGAGAGGAAGGUGGCAGGGAGACGAGAGAUGGAAGGAAGAGAAGGCGGAACGAGUUGCUAAUUUUUUGUUAUAUACUGAUUUCUUAUUGCUUGAUAAGGAAGAGAAAAAAAAAGGUUCUUUCUUUCGCUCAUAGGAAGAUAGAAGCAGAGAGAAGAAGAGGUGGAAGCGUGACAAAGAAGAGAAGAAGAAGGGUGAAAAAACCCCCCUUUUUUUUUCUAUUUCUUUCCUCUUCCGAAACAGUCAAUGAGGUAACGCGGAGGAUUUAAUGGCGCUUUUGGUGGAGACUCUCUCUCUCUCUCUCUCUCUCUCUCUGAUGUGAUUCCCACGCACGAAACCAACACCGGCUUCCUCUAUAAAUGAGCUCCCAUUUCCAGAUACGUUUCCCCUGGGCAGACCACCGCAGCCUCCUCUCGUCGGCACUGGGCUCUGCAUGUCUGAUUCGUCCUUUUUGAUGCGUGUGUCGCAGAGAAAUUGAGGAAGGGAGGGGAAAGGCGCCAUCUUGAUGUGGUUUUUGCCGUCAAAAUCGGAUUUUUAAGAUUGAAGGAGGUUUUAGGGAUCAUCUCUAGCCUUCAUUGACGGAGAACUGAGGAAGUACUUGGCUGGCUGGCAGAGAAGCCUUCAAACCGAUGCAUCAAAAAACGAGAACCUUUAAUUGGAAUGACUGAGACCGAUUGAUAUUAGCCUUCUGUUCAAAGUCUUUUGUUCUUCUCGAAGAGUUCCAGUGGGUGGAGGAAUCUUUACCUUUCCAUCUCCUCCCCGUUCUUCAAAGUUCCAAUCUUUGUUUCAUUCAAAGGGAUUCCAGGGUUGCAGUACCAAACCCAGAGGCAGGCCUCAAAACCAAAGCAUGAUGCUGAGGAAGAGAUCAAGAGCAACCGAUGGCAAGCAGGUUCUCAUGCCUGAUGCCAAGCCCCGACCUUCCUCGCUCUUCCCCUUGUGCUUGUCCUACCAUGGCUCCUCAGACUCUGAGGCUGCCAUGAGCCCGACCUCCAUCCUCGAAACCAAGAACUUGUCUUCCACCGGUAACCAUUUCUUCUCUGAUAGGCAGCCAAAUAAGCCUCCUUUUGAUGCUGUGACCACCACCACCACCACCACCACCGCCACCAGCAGUGCCAUCGGGCUCGGCAUCAUCGACGCUCUCAAUGGCGAGAAAUCCGUCGCCAUCUCUCCCAAAGCGCAGAGCCGAAUGCUGCUGCUUGGAUCGCAGCUCAAGAUCCAGAUCCCUUCCCUCUGCUCCGGCUCCAUGUCGCCGGUGGGGUCGCCGAUAGAGUUCGGCCUCAAGAACAGAGACUCCCAGUUGGCGUUGCUCUCCCCUGCCCCUGCUUCUUCCCCUCGGGUGUUCACCGGGAGCAUCCCCAUGAGCGAGAUGGAGCUCUCCGAGGACUACACCUGUGUGAUCUCUCAUGGUCCAAAUCCGAGGACCACCCACAUCUUCGACAACUGCGUGGUGGAGAGAUGUGGAGAUGGGAGCUCUGCAGCCGAUAGAGGAGGCUACCUGCUUGAUGAUUUCUUGAGCUACUGCCAUGCAUGCAAGAAGAAUCUGGGCCAAGGGAAAGACACCUUCAUGUACAGAGGCGAGAAAGCAUUCUGCAGCAGCGAGUGCCGCAACAAAGAGAUGCUCAAUGAUGGUGGCAUGGAGAAGUGCUCGGAGGAGUCAUCACUCACAAUGUAGUCCAGGAUUCCAAGCUCCAACUAUCACUGCAAGAUUUGCAGACAGUCCAGAUUGGAAUUUUGCAGUUCCUUUUGGUGGUGAUGGAUUCUGAUCCAAUAGUGAGUGAAAUGAUUCGGAAGAUAAAACAACAUCGUUCAUGUGCCUCUGUGGAUGUUUCUGAUGAUUUUUGCUUCCAGGGAAGGAUGCAGGUGAGCUUUCAGAGAUGGUUCUGCUCAGACUAAUGUUGGGUUUGGUACCACAAUUUUUUGGCUCAGAGAGAGAGAG